AGGAGGCUGCCGACCGACUUCUGAGGAGUUUGGGACUGAGAUGCAUCCAAGUGCCUGAGCAUCCUCCAGUGUGUGUGUGUGUGUGUGUGUGUGUGUGUGUGUGUGUGUGUGUGUGUGUGUGUGUGUGAAGCCAUGGCGAGCGCUCAGCCGGGGGUCCAUGCCUUGAAACUCCAGCCUUCCUCCGUCUCUCUGACGCUGAGGAACGGGAGCAACUUCAUCAAAUGGGACGAGGAUCUGUCCACCGUGAGUCCGGUGACGCUCCACGUUGACCCGCAUGGAUUCUACCUCUACUGGACCGACCAGAACAAGGAGACAGAGCUGUUGGACCUGACCCUCGUCAAAGAUGUCAGAACGGGGAGAAGCACCAAAACCCCGAAGGAGACCAAGCUGCGGGAGCUGCUGGAUGUGGGCAACCUGGUUGGCCGGCUGGAGAACCGCAUGGUUACCGUGGUGACGGCCUCGGACCUCGUGAACGUCACCCAGCUGAACUUCAUCGCUUCACAGGAGGAAGAAGCCAAGGUGUGGUGUGAGGAAGUGUUUGCUCUGUCUUCCAACCUGCUGAGCCUGAACCUCAACAGAGACCGCAGUCUGUUGAAAGCGUACGUCCGGUUGACCCUGCAGCCGAGCGCGGAGGGGAGGAUUCCCGUGAAGAACUUCACUCGUCUGUUCUCAGCCGACAGGAAGAGGGUGGAGAACGCGCUGGAGAGCUGCCGGCUGCCCUGCGCUCGGGGCGACAGCAUCAAGCUGGAGGACCUCACUCUGGACGUGUACCGGAGCUUCCUGGACAGCCUGUGUCCUCGACCGGAGAUUAGCAACAUCUUCAAGCUGCAAGGGUGGGGAGACGGGACGCUCUCAUUGGACCAGAUGACGGAGUUCAUCAACAACAAGCAGAGAGACCCGAGACUCAACGAGAUCCUGUACCCCCCCCUGAGACCCCACCAGACCCUCAGCCUCAUGGGCCGGUACCAACAGGACCAGAAGCAGCUGGAGCAAGGCGUCAUCACGCUGCAGGCGCUGUCCAGCUACCUGUCCAGUGACGAGAACGGCGUCAUCCCCCCGGAGAAGCUCGACCAAUCAGAAGACAUGAGCUUCCCGCUGUCGCAUUACAUCAUCAACUCGUCACAUAACACCUACCUGACAGCCGGGCAGCUGGCCGGCAGCUCCUCGGUGGAGAUGUACCGCCAGGUGCUGCUGGCCGGCUGCCGCUGCGUGGAGCUGGACGUGUGGAAGGGCCGCACGGCGGAGGAGGAGCCGGUCAUCACGCACGGCUUCACCAUGACCUCCGAGAUCCCCUUCAAGGAAGUGAUUGAAGCGAUUGCAGAGUGUGCCUUCAAGACGUCUCCUUUCCCUGUCAUCCUCUCCUUUGAGAACCACGUGGACUCUUUGAAGCAGCAGGCAAAAAUGGCUGAAUAUUGUCAAUCUAUUUUCGGAGAUGCUCUGUUGAUUGACCCUCUGGACAAAUACCCUCUGGAUUCCGGCGUGCCGCUGCCCAGUCCUCAGGAGCUGAUCGGCAAGAUCCUCAUCAAGAACAAGAAAUCUCACAAACCGUCCAACAACACGGACACCAAACGACUGACGGACCAACCGGCCAAUCAGAGCAACGAACCAGUGUCUCCUAGCAACAACACGGGAGAGCUCGAGGCUGAGAGUGAGGAAGAGGAUGAUGACGACGAUGAUGAUGGUAAAAAGGUCAGUGGUGACGUCAUAGGAAGCUGAGGGGCGGGCUCUGCGGAGGCGGUGGCCACGGAGGAGAUGUCAACGCUGGUGAACUACGUCCAGCCCACCAAGUUCAACUCCUUCGAAGCAUCCAAGAAGGCAGCUCGGUUUUUCACCAUGUCGUCCUUCGUGGAGACCAAGGCUCUGGAGCUCCUCACCAAGUCACCGGUGGAGUUUGUGGAAUAUAAUAAGACCCAGUUGAGUCGUAUCUACCCCAAAGGAACCCGAGUGGACUCGUCUAACUUCAUGCCGCAGCUCUUCUGGAACGCCGGCUGCCAGCUGGUGGCGCUCAACUACCAAACCAUCGACCUGUCCAUGCAGCUGAACCUCUUCAUGUUCGAGUACAACGGGCGCAGCGGCUACCGGCUGAAGCCGGAGUUCAUGAGGCGGCCGGACAAACACUUUGACCCCUUCACGGAGAACACGGUGGACGGCAUCGUGGCCAACACGCUGUCCGUGAAGGUGAUCUCCGGUCAGUUCCUGACGGAGCGGCGGGUGGGCGUGUACGUGGAGGUCGACAUGUUUGGACUUCCUGCGGACACCAGGAGGAAAGCGCUGAAGACCAAAACCUCUCAGAACAACAACGCCAUCAACCCGGUGUGGGACGAGGAGCCCAUCGUCUUCAAGAAGGUGAUCCUCCCAACUUUGGCCUCUCUGAGAAUCGCCGCUUUUGAGGAAGGAGGGAAGUUUAUUGGCCAUCGGAUUAUUCCACUCACUGCCAUACGACCAGGUUAUCGUUACAUCAGCCUGAGGAACGAGAAGAACCAAUGUCUGACUCUCCCGGCCGUGUUCGUCCACAUCGAGGUCAAAGACUACGUCCCCGACACCUUCGCAGAUGUGAUCGAGGCGCUGUCCAACCCGAUCCGCUACGUCAACCUCCUGGAGCAGAGGUCCAAACAGCUGGCGGCUCUGACUCUGGAGGACGUGGACGAGGACACACAGCCCGAGGACGAGGCGGACAGCUGUGGUGCUGAGCGUAAGAUGGAAGUGAAGUCGCCGCCGCUGGAGAACGGCCUCAGCCCGGCCUCCUGCCCCGCAGGCCACGCCCCCGUCGCCACGACGCCCAAAGCUUCCGCAACCAAUCAGCAAGCGGCAGCGACAGAGGCAGCAAAGCCUGCAGCGAAGAGUGAAGAUCUGGUGUUAAGUGUUCUGAUAGACGUGCCGGUGUGCGCCGUGGAGGUGCUGCAGCAGUCCAAGCUCUACCUGAAGGAGCAGCGGCGCCAGUUCAAGGAGCUGAAGGAGCUGGCGCGGCGCCACCAGAAGAAGACCUCCGAGCUGCUGCGGGGCGCCGGCAGCAAGUACAAGAAGGCGGCCCGGCAGAGCGGCAAGACCAGGGCCUCGCGCCCGGACGGCGAGGAAGACGAGCGCCUCCAGAAGCUGAAGGACGAGCAGCAGCAGCAGCUUCUGGCUCUGAGGCAGCAGCAGUGCAACAGCCAGAGGGACCUACAGGGGGAGCACAUCAACAUGCUGACGGAGCGACUGAGCGCUCUGGCCGAGGAGAGUCACAGCGGCCAGAUGAAGAAUCUCAAAGACAUCUGUGACAAGGAGAAGAAAGAGUUGAAGAGGCAGAUGGAUCGAAGGAGAACGGAGAAGAUCAACCAAGCCAAGACCAAAGAGAAGCAUCUGGCUGAGGAGGAGAAAAAUGAGAUCAACAAGUCCUUCGUCAACGAAGUCGUCCAGAACAUAAAGCGGCUAGAGGAGACUCAGGCGAAGCGUCAUGACCAGCUGGUGGAGCAGCACAACGAGCUCCUUCAGGGGAUCCAGGACCAGAAACCAAAGCUGCAAGCAGCCGUGGAGGCCGAGUUCCAGGAGAAGUUCCAGUGUUUGCCCGGAGAGAUUCAAGACUUCCUGCAGGACAGAAAGACAGAGGUCAGAGGUCACAGCAGGUCACGGCCCUCGACCCCACAUGAAGCUCUCUCAGAGGAGGACUGAGGAGGAGGAGGAGAAGGAGGAGGACUGAUGAGGAGGAGGAAGAGUGGAGUGAGCCCAGAAAGGGGACAAGGGACCAGGACACGAGGAAGUAAGAGAGGAAACAUUGAUGGAAGAGAGGAGAUCUCAAGAUCAUGAAGACUGUUACUUUUCGUUUCUAUGGACGACGCUUUCUUGCUUUCAAUGCAUGAACGUUUAAUAAGAACCAUUUAGUCUUAUUUACCGUCAUAAGACAGUUAUUCUGACAGACAACUGAAACCUAACAGGCUGUACUGCAUGACAGCCCUCAAUCUAUCUAUCUAUCUAUCUAUCUACCUAUCUAUCUAUCCAUCUAUCUAUCUACCUAUCUAUCUACCUACCUACCUAUCUAUCUAUCUAUCUCUAUCUAUCUACCUACCUAUCUAUCUAUCUAUCCAUCUCUAUCUAUCUAUCUAUCUACCUACCUUUCUAUCUAUAUAUCUAUCUAUCUAUCUCUAUCUAUCUAUCUACCUACCUUUCUAUCUACCUACCUAUCUAUCUAUCUAUCUAUCUAUCUACCUACCUUUCUAUCUAUCUAUCGAUCUACCUACCUUUCUAUCUAUCGACCUACCUUUCUAUAUAUCUAUCUAUCUAUCUACAGUCUGUGCAGUGAACAUAUUACUUUAUAUGUACUUUAUACUUCAUAUACACACAUAGACGUUACUCAAUGGGUUGUAUCUUCAUAUUUGCCGUCGUGGCUCUGACAACGUCAACAACCACAAUAACAGCUUCACUCAGAAAGAGCAGCUCGGUAUUUGGACGUUUGCUCAAGGGCACUUUGGUGGCUUUAAUAACUUCUUUCACAUUUUACCCCACUCAGAUUUAUACACCACAUCAUGCUCGUCUAAAAUUGGCAAAAUACGACUAUAUAUAUAUAUAUAUAUAUAUAUAUAUAUAUAUAUAUUAUUGCAUAGUAUAACAACACAUGAAGACACACACAUACACGCAUACACACAUACACACAUACAUACCACAGCCUAGUGUGAAUACAGUCAUGGGUUUAUGUUUCUAUUGUCAUGUAAUAUUUCCAGAAUCGUAAAAUAUUUUAAAAGCUCAUUUUCUGAUUAUUUAUGAGUAUGUUGACAAAAUGUGAUCGCAGAGGACCAAUAUCUGUCAUUUUUAUUUUAUAUGAUUUAUAUGCUGCCACUGGAUCAUGUAUUGAGUCCUCAAAUUGUUUUGUUAUUAUUAUUAUCAUAUAUAUUUAUAUUUAAAUACAUCAUAGCAUGGCAGGAUGCACCUGGUGGGACGACCCGGGCCUCAAAGUCUGCCGCCGCUGCAUGAUUAAGUUAUUUAGAUGUGAAAGUUAUCUAACUGAUGAUCUGAUUGUUUUAUUUAUUUAUUUAUUGUUACUUUCACGGUAAUUAAGAAUCUAGAAACAUGAAUCAUCAAAGUCUACCUUUUAUUUAUUUGUAACAACGUUAAAAAUGAACCUCGCUCGUCGCUCUUCUGUGCAAAGUGAUCUUCCAAGAAAAAUAUUAUUAUUAUUAAUAAUAUAUCUUUUUUCUUUUUUUUUGUCCGCUGUGUUCGGCAACCGCUUCUUCAAAUGUAAACCCCGUGUUUAUUGAGAUUGAACAACCUUGACCUCUGACCUCUUGAAGGCAGCUUGCACUGCUCACGUCAGAGCGCCUCGCUAUUCUGUUAUAAUGAUAUAUGACAUCUGUUCAAAAACAUCUGUUGGAAAGCGAUGUUUCAAGUGUUUCUCCUUGUGGAACGCGGCCCUCGCUCUAGCGAUGACACCGGGCAUGCUCUUAUUGUCUUGGAUUUCUCCGCCAGUGUGAAUUUUUUCUCGGUUUCACUGAAUGUUAUUUUAAGACCAGUUGAAAAAUAAUAAAAGAAAUAAUGUUUGAUCGAAGAAAAAAAUAAAUACAAAUCUUCCCUGAA